AUGGUCCUGCCUGCCACCUUGGUCCAUGCUGCCAUUGCCACCAGAGGAUCCGGAUCUCCCUACUUCUUCCCCAGCCUGGGGCUGGCAGCCACUGGUCUGAACCCCAGUGGUCCAACCUGCCAAUACUCCUACCCUUGGGCUCCCGGGGGUCCGAGUCGGCUGGCUGCAAGGGGGUUGCGCUCCUCGGCCACCGCGCCCGGCCGCGGCCCGCGCUGCCCCUUCUCCCCCGACUGCUCAGUCCCCUCUACCCUCCGCCCACUCUGCCGUCCAUCCGCUGCCCCUCUGCCCUGCCCUUCCACUGCCCCUCUUCCCCUCCCCCGCCGCGUCCCCGCCUCGCAGUCCCCGCGCGGUGGCGGCCGCCCGAGCCACGUGUGCCCGCUCCCGGCAGGCGUGCGGGAAGCGCGGCCACGCCUGGCCUGGCCACCAUUUCCCGGGCGCCGCAGCGGCGCGGAUCGCGGGGCAGCGGUCUCUGCGCCCCGCGGGUGGGACCGACGGACGGACGGACGGAUGGACGGAGUGCGGCACGGCGGCACGAGCGCGGGCUCGGAGCGCGCGGCGCCGGCCCCCGGCGUGGUGCCCGCGCCCUGCGCCUCGAAGGUGGAGCUGCGGCUCAGCUGCCGGCACCUGCUGGACCGCGACCCGCUGACCAAGUCCGACCCCAGCGUGGUGCUGCUGCAGCAGGCGCACGGCGAGUGGGUGCAGGUGGACAGAACCGAGGUGGUGAAGAGCAGCUUGCACCCCGUGUUCUCCAAGGUCUUCACUAUUGAUUACUACUUUGAGGAGAUCCAGAAGCUGCGCUUCGAGGUGUAUGACACCCAUGGACCCAGUGGGCUCAGCUGCCAAGAUGAUGACUUCCUGGGGGGCAUGGAGUGCACAUUGGGGCAGAUUGUGGCCCAGAAGAAAAUGACGCGCGCACUGCUGCUGAAAUUUGGCAGGAAUGCUGGCAAGUCCACCAUCACGGUGAUAGCCGAGGACAUCUCUGGGAACAACGGCUACGUGGAACUCUCCUUCCAGGCCAGGAAGCUGGACGACAAGGACCUCUUCAGCAAGUCAGACCCUUUCCUGGAGCUGUACCGUGUCAAUGAUGAUGGCAGUGAGCAGCUGGUGUACAGGACAGAGGUGGUGAAGAAUAAUCUCAGCCCCGUGUGGGAGCCCUUCAAGGUGUCACUGAACUCCCUGUGCAGCUGCGAGGAGAUGCGGCCUCUGAAGUGCCUGGUCUGGGAUUACGACUCCCGAGGAAAGCAUGACUUCAUCGGGGAGUUCUCCACCACCUUCGCGGAGAUGCAGAAGGCCUUCGAAGAGGACCAGGCCCAGUGGGACUGUGUGAAUACCAAAUACAAGCAGAAGAAACGCAAUUACAAGAAUUCUGGGGUGGUGGUUCUGGCAGAUCUUGAAGGUGAGCUCCACAGGGUCCACUCCUUCCUGGACUAUAUCAUGGGUGGCUGCCAGAUCCACUGCACUGUGGCCAUUGACUUCACAGCUUCCAACGGUGACCCACGGAACAGCUGCUCUCUGCACCACAUUAACCCCUAUCAGCCCAACGAGUACCUGAGGGCACUGGUGGCUGUCGGUGAGGUCUGUCAAGACUACGACAGUGACAAGAGGUUUUCUGCUUUGGGGUUUGGAGCCAGGAUCCCUCCUAAGUAUGAGGUGUCCCAUGAUUUUGCCAUCAAUUUCAACCCUGAGGAUGAUGAGUGUGAAGGAAUCCAGGGUGUGGUGGAGGCCUACCAGAACUGCUUGCCCAAGGUCCAGCUCUAUGGUCCCACCAAUGUGGCACCCAUCAUCUCCAAGGUGGCUCGAAUGGCAGCAGCUGAGGAGCUCACGGGAGCGGCCUCUCAAUACUACAUCCUGCUGAUCCUCACGGACGGAGUGGUGACUGACAUGUCGGAUACUCGGGAGGCCAUUGUGCGCGCCUCCCACCUUCCCAUGUCCAUCAUCAUUGUGGGAGUGGGCAACGCUGACUUCACAGACAUGAAGAUCCUCGAUGGCGACGACGGUGCCCUGCGCUCGCCGCGGGGCGAGCCAGCUCUCCGAGACAUCGUGCAGUUCGUGCCUUUCCGUGAGCUCAAGAACGCCUCCCCUGCGGCGCUGGCCAAGUGUGUGCUGGCUGAGGUGCCCAAGCAGGUGGUGGAGUACUACAGUCACAAGCAGCUGCCCCCACGCAGCCUUGCAGCCCACGCAGGAGGGCCUGGCCCAGGCUCGGCCCCCCCAGACCCCACCCCUUGUCCUCCUGUGGUCCUGCUGCCCUGGAUCGGUGGCCUGGCCCCCAACGUAGAAGAUGAAGAAGUCAAGACCCUAUGGGAACCCAAAGCAGUGGUCCCCUGUGCUUGA